CUCAGCUUGAGUCGAUCCACACACCUGAGCCGCACCGACAUCCGCUGAGGCAGGGCAAGGGUCGGCCAGGACCCCGCCCUCUGCCAGAGGAGGGGAUUCCCGGCCUGAGACAACCAUGUUCCAGACUCUCAGUAGGUCCUGAUAGAAGCCGGGCCGUUUCGUUGCUUGGAGCUGUUGACUGGGCUUGGCAGAACCCGGAACAGCGCAGCGACUGCGGAGACAGGGCAAUGGAACGACGGAGCUCUGCGCACCUCCCCAGCCCGAGUCCAGCUCGCUUGAGUCGGCUGCAGGAGAAGGAGGAACUGCAGGAGCUGAACGACCGCCUGGCCUUCUGCAUUGAACAGAACUGCUGGCUGGAGGCGGACAGAGAGGCGCUGCGGCGGCGGCUCGCCGAGUGCCUGGAAGCGGACAGCCCCCAGUUCUGCAACACCCGCAGCCUCCUGGAGAAGCAGUUGGCCGACUGCCGGAAGCAGCUGGACGCCACGGCGGCCGAGCGAGCCCGACUGCAGGUGGAAAAGGGCACGAUUCACGAGGAGAACCGCAAGCUCCGAGAGAGAAAUGCUAAAAAGGAAGCUGAGUUGAAAUCUGCUUUAGCCCAGUUGAGAGACCAGGAAACUCUGUUGAAUUCCAACAAGACUGAGCUGGCUGCAUCGCUGAGGGAGAAGAAGAAUUUGGAGAAUGAACUGUUUGAAGUCAAAGCUCAGCUUGCAAAAGCUAAUUCAAUUGUCCAAGAUACCAAAACACACCUUCAGGAUGAAAUGUUACACAGACGUGACUUGGAACACAAGACACAAACAUUACAGGGGCAGUUAGAUUUCCAGAAAAGCCUCUAUGAAAAGGAGGUUAUAGAAUCCAAGAGAAAACGGGAAACGAGGCGUGAAGAAAGAGAGGUCCUUCGCCAGAGGGAAAGUAAACGCAAACUAGCCGAAAUGCUUCAGGAGCUGAGGGACAAUCAGUGUGAACAGAUCAAACAGUACAGGGAGCAACUGGAACGAAACUUCAAUACUAAGUUUGAAAAUGUCCAGCUGGUAGCUGCGAAGAGCAGUGACUUUGCCAGUGCUGCAAAGGAGGAGGUGGCAGAAGCUAAAAUGAGAUCUGACAGCCUAGUGUUGGAACUUCAGCAAUGCCGUCAGCAGGUUUCUGAACUGAAAGCUAAGGUUCAGGACACAGAGGUGACAUUGGAUCGUGAGCGGACUGCCUGGCAAAGCAGGUUGGUGGCCAAGGAGCAUGAGAUCAGUGAAAUACACAGGAAGGCACAGGAGAAGCUGGAAGAAUAUGAGGAACUGCUUGAUGUGAAGCUGGCAUUAGACCUGGAGCUAAAUGUGUACAGGAAAAUGCUGGAGGAAGAAGAACAAAGACUUGAUUUGACUCCCAAAUCAUUGCCACGGAGUGUGGUGUCCCCCUUGAGUCGUGUGACUUCACGCCGUGGGAAGAAAAGGAAAUUGUUUGAAACCGAGUCUUCCAGCUAUAACUACAAUAUGGAAGAAUACAUGUAUUCUAAAGGAAAAGUUAUUAUAGAAGAAAUUGAUAAUGAAGGAAAAUUUGUCAAAUUAAGGAAUAUUUCCAAAAAGGACCAACCAUUAAAAGGGUGGAUAAUAAGGAGGAAAUUUGAAGAUUCUUCAGAGAUUGUGUACAAGUUUUCUGCACAUUUCACUCUUAAAGCCAAGCAAACAGUAACUAUCUGGGCUGCAAGUCAUGAUGAUGCCUCAUGCUCAUCGGUAGAUUUGGUGUGGAAUGACCAGAGAUCCUGGGGGAAAGGAGAUAUGAGAAUAGUUCUUCUCAGUGCGAAUGGAGUGGAGAUGUCUACACGGACUAUUGUGCAAAUACCAGGACCACUGGAAGGUAGAUCUAGGGACGAAGAGUAUGAAGGUCCUGCUGAGGGCAGAAGUCAUCUUGAAUACAGUCCAAUGAGCCAUGCUGGGAAUGAUAAUCCAGGGUGUGCUGUGAUGUAAUAUCAGAGAGGAGUCCUUCAGAAGAUGAAUAUAAUUGUGGUACAUCUUUUUUAAUGAUUAUUGAAUGUAUCAUGUACUUGGAAUAUCCAAGUACAUGUAUCCAAGGGAAUGUAUUUGAUUGCAACUGCUUAUUAGGAGUGGUUCUUGAUGUGAAAUAAUCUUGUCAUCAAAUAGAUCCUGUUGAUUUGAUGCCAUGCAAUUAUAAAUACGCAUUGUUUUUUUUUACAUGUUUUUGAAACUAGUGACUCAUUAAUUGAAUUGACAGCUAUGGUAAAAUGAACUUGUAACCUUAAAAUUCUACUUAAUUUAGUUUUAGUUUUGAAGAGCACUAAUUUAUUAUAGAAAUUAAGGGCAGUGGGUGUGGAUACUUUGAUUUGAAACAUCAUAAUCCAAUGUUGAUUCAAUUACAGUACUGGCUUGGGAAAGAGCUAGUCCCGCAACUCCAAUCUAAAUUGUUUCUGCUUAAUAUAAACUGUCACUCUUUUCACUUUAGUAACUAGAGGAGUGAAUCUUUCCGAGCAAAUGCCUCUUCCAAAGGUUUUUUUUUAAAUGAGCUCCCAUGGCCGAGUAGAUUUUUAUUGAAGUACUGCUGAGUUUUCUCUACUUGAUUCAUUUAGGCAUCUGUGCAAGUGAAAAUGAUACACAUGCCUAAUAAAAUGUUGAUUCCUUUAACAGAAAUAUGAUAAACUCUGGAGAAAUUAUGAAAAUUCUUAACAUUUAAUAGAAGUGGCCUUUAAAUGUGUUUUGUCUCGAUUUUGUUUUUGUUUGUGACAUUCAGAAAUUGCAUAAAUGUGUGUCACUCACUCUUCUGUUAAAUUAUUUAUCUACUGAUAUAAAAAAAAUUAUUGCGAUAAAAAAUCUAGUAUUGCUUGGCUUUUUUCAGAUGUCAAUGCUAGACAUUACUGCUUGGUUUGUAGAGUUAACAAGAACUGAUGGCAGUGUCAGGUGACGUCUACUUUUAAUGAAUUCCAUUGAAGUCAGUGUCAGAGGCAGAAUACAAUCCAAUGAGUCCUCCGCUUAGAGAGUUUAGAGUUAUUGAUGAGGAUGAAUGUGUGAAUGUAUGUGUUUCGUUGUCAUCCAGUUCUCAGUUUGUCUGUUUUCUCGGAGAUUUUCUCUUUUUUUGUUACUUGCCCCUUGCCUUCCAAUGACAGAAAAAUGGUAACCUUAGUUUAUAAAUCCAUUUUACUGCUGUUCUGAUUUAAUAUUUUAUUAUUUUGUUUCUAUAAAUAAAUCAUAUCAAUUGCAUUUUUAUAGUGUAUUCAACACCUGAAUGCUAUUUAUGAGCAAAUGCUGACUUGAAAUUUAAAAUUAUAAAUAAAUAUCUUUGCAAUGAUCUGUUUGUUAUCAUGUGUACACGCAUCGUGUUAGAUUAUAUACACAUGUAGAUCAAAUUUAGUGGACAAAAAUACACAUCAACUUAACUACAUUGCUGAUUAUUAACACUCUGAGGGGACUGCGUGUUUCUUGCCAAUGUUCUGCAUGUUCGUUUUGAGAUUGUAAUCCAAACUCAAGCUGAUUUAGAGAUUUAAUCUACAUCUGGUCAUGACAACAUAAUCCCAAAUUUCUCAUGGAUAUUGACUCCAUAGAGAUAAUUUCAGGCAGGUGACAAGAUCUCGUAUAAAAAUAUUUGAUGAAUCUGCUGCAUAUGUGUAAGGAGUUUGUAUGUUCUUGCCCGUGACCGAGUGGGUUUCCUUCGGGUGCUCAAGUUUCCUCCAACACU